AUGUUUUUUUUAGGGUUAUGCACGUGCAGUGUGAAUGAUAUGCUAAUUAAGACGGUGAAGAGCGGGAGAGAGUUCAAAGGACACUCGGAAUGGGAUGUGACAUUCACCAAUCGAUGCUCUUGUCCUGUUAAGACCAUCGUGCUUUCAUGUCAAGGAUUUCGAAGUGCAAAACCAAUUAGUUCAUCUUUGCUCAAUGUAAAUGGAGAUCGAUGCCUCCUUUACAGCGGCAUACAACUCAAAGCUGGAGGAUCUCUGUCUUUCUCUUAUGCUUGGGAUUCUGCUUUCCAUUUUACCCCUCUAUACAUUCUCCCCAUGGGUUGUUAG